UAACCACACGGUGAUCACGUGAUUGGAAUCGCGGGAAAUAGUGUCUUUGUUGUUGGCGUAAAAAUGGAUGUUGCUGAACAGGUUGCACGCACAAAUCAAGUGAAAGAUCAGAUUGGAGAACGUUGCCAAAAACUUUUUCAAGAUUUUUUAGAGGAAUUUAAUGUUGAUGGGGAGCAGAAAUAUUUAGCUGAAGUACAAGAACUGAUCAGGCCAGAGAGAAAUACACUGACAGUUAGCUUUGAGGAUGUUGAAAAGUACAACCAGCAGUUAGCUACAACAGUACUAGAAGAGUAUUACAGAGUUUACCCGUAUUUGUGCCGUGCAGUACGCAACUAUGCAAAAGAUUGGGGACAGAUUCCACCCAACAAAGAAUUCUAUGUCAGUUUUAUCGAUGUUCCAUCCAAGUUGAAGGUGAGAGAAUUAACAACUGCUAAAAUCGGAACACUGUUGCGUAUCACUGGUCAGGUAGUAAGAACCCACCCUGUACAUCCUGAGCUCGUCAGUGGCACCUUUAUGUGCCUCGAAUGUAGAACUGUGAUUAAAGAUGUGGAGCAACAAUUUAAAUUCACACAGCCCAGCAUUUGCAGAAAUCCAGUCUGCAACAAUAGGUCAAAGUUUAUGCUGGAUGUUAACAAGUCUAGAUUUGUCGACUUCCAAAAAGUGCGGAUACAAGAAACACAAGCAGAGUUACCGAGGGGCAGCAUUCCCAGAAGUGUUGAGGUAGUGUUACGGGCUGAGGCAGUAGAAAUGGCACAGGCUGGUGACAAAUGUGACUUUACAGGAACUUUGAUAGUAGUACCAGAUGUGAGCACAAUGUCUACACCAGGAGCCAGAGCUGAGACAUCAGCAAAAGUAUCUGCCAACUCUGGAUACGAGAAUGAAGGUGUACGAGGCCUGAAGGCUCUUGGUGUUCGCGACUUGAACUAUAGAAUGGCCUACCUUGCUUGUACAGUCACUUCAACAAAUGCAAGGUUUGGAGGCAGCUCUCUGAAAGAAGAAGAAAUGACUGCAGAAAAUGUGAAGAAGCAGAUGACAGAUGAAGAAUGGCAGAAAGUAUACGAAAUGUCUAGAGAUAAAAACCUUUACCAGAAUCUCUGCUCAAGCCUAUUCCCUACAAUACAUGGUAAUGAUGAAAUAAAGCGAGGUAUUUUACUAAUGCUGUUUGGUGGAGUUGCUAAACAAACAUUAGAACUGACAAAAUUACGAGGUGACAUUAAUAUCUGUAUUGUCGGUGAUCCAAGUACAGCAAAGAGUCAGUUCCUUAAGCAGGUGGAAGAGUUCAGUCCGCGUGCAGUAUACACAAGUGGAAAGGCAAGUACUGCGGCAGGUUUGACAGCUGCUGUUGUAAAGGAUGAAGAAUCUCACGAGUUCGUAAUUGAGGCAGGUGCUCUCAUGUUAGCAGAUAAUGGUGUCUGCUGUAUUGAUGAGUUUGACAAGAUGGACCCAAAAGAUCAGGUGGCUAUUCAUGAAGCUAUGGAACAACAGACGAUCUCUAUAACUAAAGCAGGUGUUAGGGCAACCUUGAAUGCAAGGACAUCUAUUCUAGCCGCAGCUAACCCUAUUGGUGGAAGGUAUGACCGAUCAAAAUCACUGAAGCAGAACAUUACGCUUACUGCACCAAUCAUGUCAAGAUUUGAUCUUUUCUUCAUACUUGUUGAUGAAUGCAAUGAAGUGACAGAUUAUGCGAUUGCUCGACGUAUUGUAGACUUGCACAGCCGUAAUGAGGAAUCGGUAGACCGUGUUUACUGUGUAGAAGAUAUAAUGAGAUACUUGAUGUUCGCCAGGCAGUUCAAGCCAAAGAUCAGUAAAGAAGCACAGGACUAUAUGAUUGAGGAGUAUAAAAGAUUGAGGCAGAGAGACGGUACUGGGGCUGCAAAGUCUGCAUGGAGGAUCACAGUACGACAGUUGGAGAGCAUGAUUCGACUCUCGGAGGGCAUGGCUAGGAUGCACUGUCAGGAUGAGGUUCAGCCAAAGCAUGUAAAGGAGGCGUUCCGGUUGUUAAACAAAUCAAUUAUCAGGGUAGAACAACCAGACAUACACCUUGAGGAGGAGGAGGAAGAGACAGAACAAGAUGUUGAGAUGGAGGUAGACGAAAAUACUCCACCAGCAGCUGAUCAACCGGAAGAGACGCCAGCUGCAGCAGGACAUCCAAAGAAGGGCCUCAAAUUGUCAUAUGAUGAAUAUAAACAGAUGGCUAACCUAAUGGUGCUUUACAUGAGAAAAUCAGAGGAGGAAUCCGAGGAUACAGACAGUGCUGGAUUACGGCGUAGUAAUCUGAUCAGUUGGUAUCUUGGGGAGAUGGAGAGUGAAAUAGAGUCAGAGGCGGAGCUUAUUGAGAAGAAAUCUGUGGUAGAGAAAGUUUUGGACCGCCUAGUGCAUCAUGAUCAUGUUCUAAUUGAGCUUACCCAGACUGGACUUGGAAAAAGAUCAAAACAAGAUGAAGAAAGUCUGAUCAAGGAAGACGACCCAUUCCUUGUUGUGCAUCCGAACUAUGUAGUAGACUGAGAUAGACUCUUCUUGUUUAAAACGCUGUAACUUUAUUACUAGUUUCUGUUAAGUCUACCUUAAGAAUUGGGUUGAAUUAAAGGAAAUUUAGGUACUCUUGUAAAACCCUUUCUACAUAGUAAAUUGUGAUAUCACCAUUUUACUUGGUAAAAUUACUCAACAGCUGUAUGUCUGGUCUACUAGUAUGUAUUUUAUUGCUGUUUGAGUCAUUAGAUACAGAUACAUGGUGUAUUACCUGUAGUAUACAGAGUUUUCUUGUGUAAAAUAUUAUGAAAGUUUCCAAAAUAGUUCCCUAAAGCAGUGCUAUUAUAUUUACAUAUUUAUUAUGGACACUGUUAAAAUAAUACAUUUUAUGUAUCACUACAAUUUCAAAAUAUUUAAUGUUUCCAAUUCUGUCUGUUGAAAUUUUUAAUGUUUUCUAUUUGUGUACAUAUAUCCUUUAUAUAUGUAGAUACAGGGAAAUGUUUAGCUGGGGACGGGACCAAUUUGUACUGUAAGUUACCUUUGCGUAUCUGAUCAUGUGUUCACCUGUAUGUGUUCAUUUGUUAAAAAUGUGUUCAACUUGAUAUUUACUGUAAUAUAUUCUUUGAUCUGAUCAUGUGAAAUUAUAUAUUUGUUUAAUUACCUAAAAUUGUUGACUGAACAUAGUUUUGACUUCCGCUUGAAUAAAGUUAAAAAGUGCGGUAGACAAGUAUAAACAGUCUGUCCAGAUUUUCAUAAUACUUCAUGUGACUGAAGUUUGUUUUUUGAAACAGGCAUUACUUGUCCUGAAAAAAAAGUGCUUUGAAAUGUUGAAAAAAGAUGAUUGUAUAGAUAAAAGGAAAUGAUGGAGAGAAAAAUAAACAUGUAAAGACGU